UCUCCUCACUCUCUGCAACUCUACCAUUUCUUUUUUUUUUUUUUUUUUUUUUCGGUAGAACUCUACCAUUUCAUUGUCUUUACUUUUGUGUCUUACAUGAGAGCUGUGUAAGCUGAAGAGAUAGAUAGAUGGGGAAGUACAUGAGGAAAGCCAAAAUCACAGGUGAAGUUGCAGUCAUGGAAGUCGCGCAGUCAUCUCUUGGAGUUCGGACUAGAGCCAAAACCCUAGCUUUGCAGAGACUCGAGAAGUCGACUGUGGCUUCGGUGAGCUCUGGAGCUUCUUAUUUACAGCUCCGAAGUCGAAGGCUUGUGAAACCUCCUCUACUUGCGGCCACUAACCAUGAGUCGAAGAAACAACAAAACCCACCUCCAACCCCGAAACAGAAAGAGACCGCCAAAGCGAGCCCAAACCCAAACCCUAACCCUAACUCUAAUAGUCGAACAAGUCCCAGGUUGGUUGUGGACUCUGGGUAUUCUUGUUCUGUUGCUUCGGUGAGUUGCUCCAAGAGUGAAGAGGAGUUUUCGAUGAAGGAGGGAACUCCUGUUGCAAUCGAAGAGGUGUCUCCAGAGAACAAGAACGAUCUCGGCAUAGAGGCUUCAUUUGGAGAGAAUGUUUUGGAGACCGAGGGAAGAGAAAGUAGCACAAGGGAAACUACACCUUGCAGUUUGAUAAGGAAUUCAGACACCAUAGGAACUCCUGGUUCUACUACCAGGCAUACCACUUCAACUGCAACAAAUCGAAGAGUACAGAAUGCUAGGAGAAACAUCCCAACAUCACAUGAGAUGGAGGAGUUCUUCGCAGCUGCAGAGCAACAGCAACAGAGACGGUUCGCUGAGAAAUACAAUUUCGAUCCAGUGAAUGAUAGUCCUCUUCCUGGACGAUAUGAAUGGGUGAGAGUGGAACCAUAAGUUGGGUUGGUGAUCCAUCGGACUUCUUUUCCUGCAGUUUUUCAAUUGAUCUCAUGCAGAGAUUUUGGAAGCAGUAGGUGAUGAGGUUGAUGGUCUUAACAGUGGGGGUUCCAUUUUCUACCACCAUUUCUUGCUUUGUAAAAAGAGGAAGAAAGAGCAGUCAAAGCUUUUGUGUAGCCUAAUGGUCUGUAACAUAACAAAGCUGAUGAGUUCCUUAACAAAAUAUAAAUCAAAAGUCCUUUUGUUUAAUCAGAUCAUUUGGAGGGGGAAGGGAAAUAGGGUAGGUUUUAGGUUUCUUUUAAGCAGUCCAGUGCAAGGGGUACUGGAAAUUACCAGAUUAUUGUUGUUUUUUUUUUUUUCCUUUUGUCUAUACUGGUACUGAUGGAACCUGAUGAAAACUCUCUUGGAAUAAACAUGACCUAUUUUCCUUUA